AUGCUUUCCAGAUCUUUCAUCGCCAGAAGAGCCUUUGUCUCUGCUCCCAUCCGCUCUUUCCAGACUGCACCCGUUCUGAGAGUCGGUAAGGAGAGCGCUCUCCACCAGACCNAAGAGGGCCGCGCCGACGAGGCCGACAAGAUCAAGAACGAGCAGAUUGAGAAGCAGAAGCAGGGCAAGGGCCACUGGCACGAGGAGAUUGCCAGCGACAGCGAGAGCAUUGUGAGUCUCUAUUGCCAAACAGACGAAAUGCAACUGCAGAAGCUAACACAAUCCACAAUAGNNGUCAAGGCCGACAGAGGCGAUAUCAAGGCCGAUGCCGACACGAUAGAGCAACUGCAANAGGAGACCGAGAAGCUCGCCUCGCAGAAGAAGUAA